GACAACUGGACGCAGUCGGGGUGGCAGAAGGCAGCAUGUCCUCCAAACUUCAAUCCACAGGCCCCAAAACCAAGGACAACCAGCCCUCAGCUCAAGAGAGUGUGCCAGCCCCAAAGGCCAAUGCUGAAGCCAUCCGCUUCCUCAGCGACCUUGAGGAAGAGGAGCUGCGGAUGCUGCUAUUCUCCGAGACUCUGGCCAUGGUCUCGGACACGGGGGAGCCACAGGGAGAGCUGACCAUCGAGGUGCAGAGAGGGAAAUUCAGGGAUGAAUCCGGUGUGAUGUUGCACUGCAUCCUCGUGCAUGCCUCUAGCCGUGGCUUCAUGGGCAAAAUGCUCUGCGGAAACUCCCUCCUGGGCCACCUCUCGUGGAAGCUGCAUGUCAUGGAGCAACAUAGUCAGGAGUUCAUCAAGUUCCCUGUCCUCCCCAUGGAGCAGAAGAUGAGUUUGGUGAAGCAGGAUGACCAGCUGGCCAUGACCAGAAGUGUCAAGGAGGGUGAGGAAGUCAAGACCCAAGUGACUUUUUUCCCAGGGAGCUCAACCAUGGGCUUCAUCUCCGAGGCCGCCAACCUGGUGUUGCUGAGGCUGAUGGCCUGGCGGCAGACGGUGCCCAGCAACGCCCAUUUCCUGGCCUUGGACACCGAGGGCAAACUCUGCUACUCCACUUACCAAGAUCUGGGCUUCCAGAAGAUCCAGGUGGGCCGCCAGCAGGUGGAAGUGUUCAUCGUGGAGCAGACUGUCCACUCUGUAAAAGGCAUCCCCAAUUCCUGCCAGUUCUACCUGCUCUCGGAUGGGCACCUGGCCAAGAGAAUCCAGGUGGGUUCCCCUGGGUACUGCAUGAUCACCCAGAUGCCCGUCUUGAGGGAGAAGGAUGAGAUUGAGCCUGCCCCGGUAUUUGAGAAGAAGCCCCUGGUGUGGGAGGAAGAUUUGGAGCUCUACUCGAGGUUCGUGGACCGGAAGGAGGAGCUCCGUCUCAGCCACGCCAGCUACCUGCGGCAGCACCCCGAGGCCCAGGCGCUCAUCUCGGACUUCCUGCUCUUCCUGCUGCUGCGCCAGCCCGCAGACGUAUUCACCUUCGCCGCCGAAUACUUCGGCCCCUUCGCGAAGCGCCACCCCCCGACUCCGGCCUUGCGCUCCUCGCACCGGCCCAGCCCCUUCCGCUCGCUGGACCCCCCGCGCCCCACGCUCUAGGGCUGGCCGGGCGCGGCGUGCGGGGACCCGGCAGGAAGCCGGGGCGGCGUGCGGGGACCCGGCAGGAAGCCGGGGCGUCGCCGGGGACGCAGCGGGGAACCAGAGGGACUCACCCCGGAGGCGCGCCUUCCGAGCUGCGGGUUUUUUGGGAGAAUAAAUGGGCCCCAUCCCCGCGGUUCUGCUGUGGGCGCGGGAACCUUCCCUGGCCAGAGUCUUGCGUCUUGGCUAAAAAGAGGAACUGUUAACAGAGUUUAUCCAGCGAAUUUCACGUUUCUUCCCAGAUGCUAUAGUCAAUAUUCCUAUUUUACGGAUAAGAAAAUAGAGGUGCGGAAAGGUUAAGUAACUCACAGUGUUAGUACGGAGGAGGCAGGAGUCAAACCUGGACGUUGGAUGCCAAAAUCCCCACCCUCAGUCGCUAGGUUAGUAGGGAUAAAGGGGCAAGCCUUCUUGGUGCCACUAAGCAUAAGCCAAAUUACCCUGCUUCCAGCCCCCCACCCCCCAACCAAGAAAACGAGCAGGGGUUGGUGGGGGAUCUGGAUCCCCCCUGGCCUUGCUCAUCACCUCUGAAGCCUCCCAAAACCCGCGAGCCGCCAGCUCUCACACUCCAGCUCCUUUCCCACUGACACUCAGGAACCCCCAAACUGCGUGCAGGGUUCCCAGCUACUGGCUCCCUGAGAACAAAAGGAUAGGCAGAGGAUCAUGGGCUCCUUGAGGCUCCUUGUACAAUGUCAGUCGGGCCAAUGGCUUGUUUCUGCCCAGGGCUGACCACGGCUCAGCAGCGAGUAUUAGACAAGCUCCUCCAGGACAGCUGGUAAUGGGGGUGCAGGCUCCAACCCUCCAUUUGCACUCAUGGGCCUGCCUCUUCCAGCUGAGGGACCCUUCCCCCCCCAACCCCCACCUUCUAGAAGCUCUGCCCCGUGAUGAGGGCGGCCAGGACUUCCCACUCAGGGCAGCAAGACUUCAUGGAGAACUAUCGCUUGAGUAGAGGCCGAAAUAAUUUUUUUAAAUAUCUUUUAUUGUCCUGAUCCAUUAUUUGAAAAGAAUGUUCACUAGAGGAAACUGAGAAAAGGGGGCUGAAGCAAAAGAAGAAAGUGAAUUCACCCCAAUUUCUCAACCUAGAGGCAGCCCUUUUAACAUUUCAGCAAAUAUGCUCUUUACUCUUUUGGGUUUUGAUGCAUAAAAGUGGCCCGUGUUUGUUCAGCAUUUACUCUGUCAAGCAGUUUUUUGUUUUACAGUUUCAACAUUACCUUUUUUUAGAUUUUUGAAGUAUCAUUGCGAUGCAAUAUUAUAUUAACUUCAUGUGAAGCACUUUUUAAAAAUCCUUUUUUAAAUUUUUUUCAUUUUUUAAAGAUUUUAUUUAUUUAUUUGACAGAGAGAGACAGCCAAUGAGAGAGGGAACACAAG